AUGCCAAAUCCCUAUCAAGCAACGGAAGUGAUCCUCAAGGCAAACUGGGACCGCGAGGUGGAUAUAUGGAAUGCUGCCAUGAUUAAUUCCGAUGUGAUAUUUGAUGACCUUGUGAAUCUCGCAGAGUUAGUUGCACUCCUAGGUCGUCCUCCCCCUAAGCUCCUCAGCAAAGUGAUCUGA